CGUCCGCUCACACAGCUGACUGCCUGACUGACUGACGGGACGCCAGCACACCGACACACACCCGGAAAACACCCGCCGUUCAGUAUGGAGCGAAAAGUGGCGAAGGAAUUUCGGCAUAAGGUGGAGCUGCUAAUUGAUAAUGAAGCGGAGAAGGACUAUCUCUAUGAUGUUCUCCGCAUGUACCACCAAUCCAUGGACAUUCCUGUCCUGGUCGGCGACCUGAAGCUGGUGAUAAAUGAGCCCAAACGCCUUCCGCUGUUUGAUGCCAUCAGACCUCUGAUUCCUCUGAAGCACCAGGUGCAGUACGACCAGCUCACGCCCAAGAGAUCCAGGAAGUUGAAGGAAGUCCGUCUGGACCGCACACAUCCUGAAGGUCUGGGUUUGAGUGUUCGGGGGGGACUGGAGUUCGGCUGUGGCCUCUUCAUAUCACAGAUAGUCAAAGAUGGACAGGCAGGAAAUGUGGGCCUACAGGUUGGCGAUGAGAUUGUGCGUAUUAAUGGCUACUCCAUCUCCUCCUGCGUUCAUGAGGAGGUCAUCAACCUCAUCAAGACCAAGAAGACUGUGUCUCUGAAAGUCCGCCAUGUGGGAAUGAUUCCUGUCAAGAGAUGUGGGAAUGAUUCCUGUCAAGAGGUUAGCGACCAGAUUGUGGAGGUCAAUGGGGUGGAUUUCACCAACCUGAGUCAUCAAGAAGCAGUGCGAGUGUUAAAGAGCAGCAGGAGUCUAACCAUCACUGUCCUCACGGGAGCUGGAAGCGAGCUGUUUAUGACUGAUGAGGAGCGGCUGGCGGUUGAAGCACGACGUGAGCUCGAAAGACAAGAGCUAAUGCAUCAGAAGAGAGUGGCAUUAGAGACCAACAAAAUCAUCAAAGAACAGCAGGAGAAUGAGCGCCAGAGGAAGAUGGAAAUAUCGCAGAAGACUGCAGAUGAAGAGGAACGCCAUCACAAAGAGAUGGAGAGAAUUGCAGCUGCGGAAAGGAGGCACCACAAAGACUGGGAAGAAGAUUGGGGUUCCAAAGAAAAAUCCAAAUCUCCUUCCCCCUCCCCACUUCCCUCACCCCCACCACCUGCACGUAAUGCACCUUCACCUAAACCCAAAACCUCCAGUAAGUUGACAAUACCAACAAAACCUCUCCAGUGCAUGAACUUUGAUUGCACUCAAUCGUUCGGUUGGUUCUACCGUUACGAAGGAAAGUUGCCUACACUCAAAAAGAAAGGAAAAGAGACCAAAAAGAAGAAGAAGAUAUCGAAGACUGACACUCUCCCAGCUGAGAAAAAGAACAAGAAAGAGAUGGAGUUUGAGCUGAAACUUGCAAAGGAGAAGGAAGAGAUACUUGAGCGAGAGAAGCAGAUGAAAAUCAGCAGACUUCUGCAAGAGGUGUCAGAAACCGAGAGGGAAGAUCUGGAAGAGUCAGAGAAGGUGCAGCAUUGGGUGGAGAGGCUCUGUCAAACCAGACUAGAGCAAAUCUCCUCAGUUGAAAAUGAUUCUCCAGAGAUGUCUCCAACUCGUUCUCCAGUGUCAACUGGUCCCACCAAUCGGAGGUUUCCUGGAGGCUUGACCUUGGCCACUACUGACCUUGAUGACAUCAACUUAGAUGAUGUGGACCAGAGUCUAAGGCAGCCUUUGAAAAGACCUCCACCUACAUCCAACCAAGCUCCCACUCCCUUACCACUCCCUCCACCCUCACCCCGACUUUACCACUCAUCCAACCAUCGACCUCCAUCUCCAAGAACGCAGCUCCCAAUGCAACCCAGUCCCAGACCAGCCCCUCACCACCCACCUUCUCCACUAGCCACAAGGGUACCCCCUUCCUCAACAGGUCGUAGCCGGCAACCCCCAGCCACCCCACUAUUCUCCUCCAGGGGUCUGUCCUCAUCUCAGCCACCUCCCCCGCCACCACCUCCUCCCCCUCCACCACCACCUCCACCACCUCCUCCACCCCUGCACAUGGAGGACAAGUACCAUGUGGGGCCGUCCAACUAUCCUCGCUCCCCAAGCUUAUCCGAACAGGGAAGCAGGUUUGGGGACAAUGGUUACCGACAGAGAGGGGGCUUCCACUCCAUUUCCAGUCAUCUUUCACGCCCACCCAGCCUGAAGGCUGACCACAGCUUGACGGUUAGCAUAGUUAACACAUUUGGGAGUGUGAGAGUUAAUUAUGUAUGUCGUAUAGUGGUGGGAAUCUUUAGGCACAUUAUAAUUCAUUAUAAUUCAAUCCAAUUCGAUUCCAAAAUUGAUUUCAUGACACAAGAAUAUUGCUCUUCACUGAAGUAAACACUGCAAUCUACCUGUUUUUUUAUCCACCUCUUAUGUUGUACAUACAUGCAUGCAUUUCUUGAGUUUGGUGUUUUGCAGAUGAGAUUAACCAUUAUUAAUUUCUUAAAGAUAUUUGUCAGGAAGCAGAUCAUCAUUUUGGGAGAAAAGCAUGCUGUCAUUCGCUUUGAUGAUCUUGCAGUGCUAGUGAUUCCUAUCAUUGUUAGACUGUUGAAAAAAUGUAUCCUUGUGGUCCAGGUGAUGAGAAACACAUCACAUGCUAGCAGGACGUCCACCUCUAAUAAUCCACUGCGAAUUGCCCCCAGCCCUCCAAACCAGCGGAGACAGAUCAACCCUGUCAUGUCCAAACCUGUCAUGCUACCGAGUCAGACCUCACAAAGACCCACACUUCGCUCUGAGACCAUGCCCCCUGAGAUGCUCAAACGGAUGGUCACGUACAACACGUCCUUUAAAUCCAGCAACAAACAAGGAUUUCAGAAAUAUGUGGAUGGUUUUGAUCCAUAUUCCAUGUUCACGGCUGAACAAAUAGCUGGCAGAGAUGUGCGACUUUUGAGAGUUAAGAAGGAAGGAAAGCUUGAUCUGGCCAUAGAGGGAGGAAUUGACUCCCCUUUGGGAAAGAUUGUGGUGUCGUCUAUCUAUGAGGGAGGUGCAGCAGAUAAACAUGGUGGUGUUGUGUCGGGUGAUGAGAUCAUGGCUGUGAAUGGAAAGAUCCUGACGGAUGUGACUUUAGCUGAAGGACAAGCCUCAUUAGCUCAGGCCUGGAACAGUGGAGGGGAUUGGAUUGACCUGGUCAUCGCGGUCUCUCCACCAAAGGAAUAUGAAGACGAAGUCCCUAACGCAGCAUCAGUCAGACCCACUGCAAAGAAAAAGGUUUUCCAAGGCAGUGCCCCUGUGUACAGACAGGGCUACGUCCUUCAGAUGAGGACCCCACAUCCUCCAACAUGAUCGCCACUAACCCAGUGGACAUUCUUUUAAAACCCAACAUUGCAUCAGUGCAACAGACCACAGGGAGAAGCAAUAGCCAUUCCUUAGAAGUGAUUUUGCAAAAAGCUAAAAAUUUAGUAUUUGUGUUAUAAAUGAAAUCAUCUCGGGUUACAUAUGUAACCCUGGUUCCUCGAGGGAACGAG